AUGGCUCCCGUAGACGAAGAAGCAAACAAUUCCAAGGCCUCUACCCCUUCGAAUGGCGAGGGCCAAAUCUUGGAUGAACCAUCAUCCCCCACGGGCCUCGUGGCCGCCUUGACUCGGACAAGGACCCGGACCAACACCAUCCUCGAAAAGGUCUCAGUUCGCGAUCGCAUCCGGCACUUUACCUUUGCAUGGUACACUCUCACUAUGUCGACAGGCGGCAUCGCCCUUCUCCUCGGCGCGGCCCCCCACCGCUUCCGAGGGCUCGACACGAUUGGCAUUGUCGUAUUCGUCCUCGACGUCGUCCUCAUUUUUCUCAUCACCGCUGCGCUGUGCCUCCGCUUCUCUAUGUUCCGCAAGACCCCGGCGAUGGUCAUCACUAACCCCUCCGAAUUUCUGUUUAUCCCGACCUUCUUCCUCUCCAUUGCUGCCGCGCUGUCCAACAUACAGCACUACGCCGUUCCAAAAUGUGGCCCCUGGCUCAUCGUUACCCUGAGGGUGUGCUUUUGGCUGUACCUCGUGCUCACUUUCUUCCUUUCCGUCGGCAUGUACCACCUUCUUUUCAACGGCCGCAGGAGACUUUCGCUCGAUAACAUGACGCCGGCGUGGAUUCUUCCCAUCUUCCCCGUCAUGUUGUCCGGUACUCUCGCUGCCUUCAUCGCCACUACACAGCCGCCGAACCAAGCCGCCGCCAUGAUGGUCGCGGGUCUCGCCGCUCAGGGGUUGGGAUUCUUCAUCUCAGCCUUUAUGUACGCCAUCUACCUCUCGCGGCUGAUGACAAUUGGCCUUCCAAUACAGCGGCCCGGCAUGUUCAUCGCCGUCGGCCCACCAAGCUUCACAGCCGCAACGCUGGUAGCGAUGGGCGCUCAAGUACCCCGGCUCGUUGCCGCGGCCGACUCCUUCAUCCCCGAGUCCCUCCGCUCAAAGGCUUACCUCACCGAUAUGGAGAGCCCUGAAACGGUAGCCUUGGCCGUCCGCGCCGCGGCCCUCUUCGCCGCCGUAUUUCUCUGGGGUCUGUCAUUCUGGUUCUUCUCCUCAGCCUUCUUGGCUACCGUGAUCGGCAUGCCAGACCGCUCCUUUCAUCUCAGCUGGUGGAGCUUUGUCUUCCCCAACGUCGGUUUUGCCAUCGCAACGAUCCGGAUCGGCGAGGCCCUCGGCAGCGAGGGGCUGUUGUGGUUUGCCGACGUGAGUACCAUCAUCUUGGUGGCCGUCUGGCUCGUCAUCGGCUUCUGUUGCACGCGCGCUGUCCUCAGGAAGAAGCUCGUGUGGCCUGGCCGAGACGAGGACAGCCACUAA